AUGGGUAUGAACGACGACUGCGAGGAUGGUGGAGCGGACAGUGCAGCAGCGACCGAUGAUGGCGAAGACCAAGCAAAAAUCCGACCGGCCUCGCAGCCCACACCUCGAACGCGGCUCCGCAGCCUGCAGCGAUGCGAGCCAGACGCGCCCAGCCGCUUCCUACGCACACUCACACACCCGCAGCGAAAAGCCUUUUUUUUUCCGCAGCGCUGCAGCCACGGAGCAACGCGCCUCUGCCUGACUGUCGGCGGUGGCCCUUUCAAGGCAAAGAAAAUUGAACUCUGGCUGGAACUAGGGCGGUUCUUCCACCCGGCCGAGACACUCGUCGUUCAGGGUUCAAGCGCCCGCUUGCAGCUGCGGUGCUCUCGGGCCACCGCUCGCAAGGGCUUGCUUCUCGACCGCCGCUCACACCAGAGACACCAACGCAGCAGCACCUCGGCCAUGUCGUCGCUGUGGAUCAUCAACAAGGCAGGAGGGCUGAUCUUUCAGUCGGAGCACUUUGUGCAUCCCAACGCCGCAUCCAUGCCCAACGGCGGCCGGCUCUCGUCGAACGAAUACCUGGUGCUGGCGGGCACCCUGCAUGGCAUCCACGCCAUCACGGCCAAGCUCAAUCCGGUGCCCAACCGCGCGUGCUCGGGCAUCGAGUCGCUCGACUCGGACCACUUUACCGUGCGCGUCAUGCUCACACCCACAGGUAAGUCCGAUAUCUUCGCGAAUCCGAGACAGAAACCGCCCAACGUGCUGAUUCCAGUUCAUUUCAUGGUGGUCGAUUUGGAAGGCACAAAGUUUGUCUUGGUCACGUCGCCGGCGCAUCCGAAUCCGGCAGGCGUGCUGCAGCGCUGCUACGAGGCGUAUGCCGAUCACGUCAUGAAGAAUCCCUUCUACACGCCAGAGAUGCCCGUGCGCGUAGAGACGUUCGACAAGGCCGUCGAGGCGCUCGUCAAGGCCUGA